UACAAAUGGCGACAGCCGCUAUUCCAUCAUGCGAAGAACGACAGCACUCACGAUGUAAACAAACCAACGUGUGACAUGCCUUGUGCGAUUGAUACCAAGUAGAUAUCAUCUCAAGGAUAUAGAUGCCAUAGAAAACGAGUAGUCAGCGAUCAGGGCGGGAGUAUAUCCAGCCGUACCUUGGUAAAAUGAGCGAGACAGCGAGAAUGUCGACGAACUCGAGUCCGACUCGGUCAACUAAAGACAUGGACUCCAGCAAAAGCCCUGAGAGACAGGAGAGGAGGGCCAUUCCCCAGGAUCAGAAGCUGGAGAACAGACUGAACAUGAAGGACUUGGAGAGCCUGCAGGGAAACUUCAUGAUGGAGGGCGAGGGUUAUGACAACCGUCUCAGUCUUAACAAGGCACAGUUCUGUGAAGCUCUGUCUCUCCUGCUCAGGAAGGGAUCGAGAGAAGAGUAUGCAGAGCUGUUUGACAAGAUAGAUGUGACGCGUGAGGGGACGGUCGACUGGGACAAGUUCGCGUCGCACAUGCUGCUGGAGUUCUACGAGAGAGACGACCGUGUUAAGUCCACGCAGGUGCCCCAGUGGCGGGAUCUCAAGUCUCUGCCGAGCCCCCACAAGGACGUCAUACAGCGAGUUGCCUACUUCAAGAACACCCACAGAUACAUCGCCAUUAGCAAGGAAGGGACAAUCUCCAUGUGGGGAAUGGACCUUCGCAGUCAACGCACCAUCAAGACUGGCACUGACUCGUGUAAGGCGAGGGACUUAUGGGUCACUCACUUUGUGCCUCUCCAGAACAUCAACAAGAUAGCUCUCGCCUUCACCAGCAAGGAAAUAGCCAUCUAUGACCUGAGCAGUAAGAUCGAGUUCAACUGUCAGUACAAAGUACAGGACCUGCCCUUCACACCGCUGUGUCUGGACUACUGGUCCAACCCCAACAAUGUGAACGAGUCAAUCCUGGCCUGGGGUGACGUGGGCGGCUUCAUCAACAUCCUCUUCUUCAGCUCGGCCAACAUCGCUCUGUUUGAACGACCACCAGCCCCAGCUGGAGAGAAGCAAGCAUGGAUGGAGCCGUGUCUGAACGUGCGGCUGGCAGACAUUGUGGGUGGUCGAUACAAGAACGCAACCUACACCAAGUACGAGGGACAUGGAGAGAAGGCCAAGGGGGAAUGGGUCAGAGAAGUUCGGUACUCUCAUUAUCUAGAAUGUUUUAUUAGCUGUGCAACUACCACCUUGAACGCAGUUGUGAUUGGCUGGAUGGAAAAACAUACAUCUGUCAAUCAAAACAUUGAAAUGAUAAGGGAUGCUCAACCAGUAAAGAAAGAGAUUCAGAGGCAAUCUGACUUCACUAUAUCUCAGGGCGUCAACUCAUUUGACUACUAUGAUCGUCUUAAUCUCAUAGCUACUGCGGGCGUCAACAACCACGUGUGUCUGUGGAACCCCUACGUUGUGUCCAAGCCGAGUGGGGUGCUGCGAGGUCACAUGGCCAGCGUGGUGCAGGUUCAGUUCAUCACCAGCAGGGGGCAGCUCAUCAGUUUCUCCAAGGACAAGGUGCUGCGUGUGUGGGACGUCCAGCUGCAAGUCUGCAUACAGCGGCUGGCCGGCAUGUUCCCCAAGGGACCUGAAGUUCAGAGUACUCUGUUCUUUGACGAGGGCAAGGACCGCAACGGAAAUGACCGAAACCGUCUGUUCAUCACCUUCAACUACCAGCUGACUGCCAUGGACAUGAAGGUGGAGAUCAGAGAUCGCAUCAUGUCGCAUGAGAAGCCUGUCGUAGCUGCACUGUACAACAACACGUACAACCAGGUUGUCAGUGUGUGCCAGGCAGGGAGCAUCAUCGUGUGGCUGAUUGACACAGGUCAGAAGGUCAAGCAGUUCAACAGUUCCCAUGGCAACUCGGAGGUGACAUGCAUCACUCAGGACCCGAGUGAGACUCGGCUGUACACCGGCAGCACGGACGGCACCGUUAAGGUGUGGGACUUCAAUGGCCACUGUUACCACAGCCUGGAGUGUUCUGGAGGACAGCCUGCAGAUGUUGGUCAGAUCCUCGUCCUGAAGAGAUCCGUGCUGGUGUUGGGCUGGGCCAAAUUUGUGACUGUUUUCCGUAACAGCAGUUUCCGUGACUACCAUGUGCAGCCGUCAGACUGGAAGGGGGGUCAGGAGCAUGUGGAGGACAUCCUGUGUGGAUCCUUCCAGAGCCCCAACGUCCUGGCAACUGGCUCAUACGAUGGGGAGGUGGUCAUAUGGAACACCAACUCUGAGCAGGCGUCGCGCCACCUCAACCAGCGGGCACGCAAGAAGAACCUCACCCGGGGCAAGUCCAUGAUGCUCAAGGACAAGGAGCCUAGUCAGCUGGCUCCAGUUGCUGAGCACUCUGACGGCAAGUCCACCGUCGGCUCCAUCAUGUCAACCGAGGUCAGACCCAAGUCCCGCGCGCUGUCUCGGGUCAGUCAGGGCAGCAGUGACCAGAGUGAGUUCAGCAUGGCAGUUGCUAAGCUGCUGUUCCUGGAGUCAAGGAAAGGUAACUCUGCUGGUGGCGGUGCCAACUUGGUGUCAUGCGGCUGCAACGGAUGGGUGCGUUUCUGGAACUCGUCUAAGAACGUCUUACUGGCUGAAUUUGUCGCCCAUCUUCACGCUGGGAGUAUCAUCAUGGCGACGGACAAGAUGAACCAGUAUCUGGUGACAGGCGACGUCGAUGGCCUGGUGAAAGUCUGGGACAUUGCUGAAUACUGUACUCACCAUGUGGACAAGCCAUUACAGACACCUCCCCCUCUGAAGUGCCAAUACCAGCCUCACAACGACAUGAUCAACUCCCUGGAUCUGUGUGAACGCAACGACCGUUCCCUCGUCAUCUCCGCCUCCUCCGACUGCAGGGUUGCAGUCUGGGAUGUACAUGGCAACAAGUUAGGAGUCUUUGGUCAGGAGGAGCACUGGAAGAUUGAGCCAUAUGACCCCACAGCUGAAGAGGAAGAGGAGGGAUACAAAACAGGUGAGCCCCCCUCCCCCUCUACUGAUGUUGCAGCUGAUAAGCUUGACCUUGACCUUGUUGAGCCUGACGAUGAGAGCCAGUGGGAGCCGGAUGAGUCUGCUAUAUACCAGCCCCAGGACUACCGACUCAACACCUGGAACAACACGGUCCUUGGCAAAGACUACCAAGAACUGCGGGUGCGGAAACGAGAGCGGCGUCAACCAGGCACUAUCCCGAACCUGCCGUACCUGCACUGGGAGCGGACCGGAGCGCCACCUGCUGGGCCCUACUCCGCCCUGGAGACGAAGGAGUUAGAUGCCGUCCAACCGCUGGUCAAACCUGAUGCGGAGAAGUACUUCCAGGAGAGGCCGGGCAGUGCCGACUUGAUCCCCAAACUCCCGGAGCUAGCCGACACGCUGAAGACAGCGUACGACGAGAAGUCUCUGUUUCCUCGAUACAUCCUGGACUACGAGAAACGGUUCCAUGAGAUGCGCAGAAAACCUUCCCAGAUCAACUCGAAGAUGCUGCGCACCAACUUCCAAACAAUCGGCGUUGGCAUGGGUCAAAUGGCCAGGCAGUCACCGCGGAAGAGUAAAGGUCAAAGGCUAAAACCCCUGCAGACACGCAAGAGUUCAGUCAGUGUCAGCGUCCAGGACUAAACCUUCAUCACUGUCACAGAAUAUCUCCAGAUGUGUUAACUUGGUUUUUGAAGUCAGGGUACUGGUGUGCCUAGAAUGCAGAAUAUCAGAUACCUUCUACCACACUGAUAAGGACAAACUUGGCUAACAGGUUCAAAGGUUUUAGCUCUUGGUCUUGGUCUUCCCUGACAUGUCAUCGUAACCCAAUUGUGUAGAUCGACGCUCAUGCUGUUGAUUAUUGGAUUGUCUGGUCCAGAUUAUUUACAGACCGCUGCCACAAAGCUGUAAUAAUGCUGAGUCCAUUGAUAAACAACAAACAAACAAGAUUUCUUGGUGAAACAACAGGAUUUGCUUACCACACAAUCACUUGAAGCAAAUGCUAUUGUAACUUCCGAAGUCAAUUAAAACUACUUCAGUUAUGGAACAUAUUUUGAAUUAAUAUUUGUAUGUUGAAGUCCCAUUCGUGAUGUUUAUCAAUUACUUUCAUUUUUAAUUUUAAGUAUUGAUCAUAUUAAGCCAUAUAAGUGCUAAACGAGUAGAUAUUUUCGAAUUAUUUGAGCUUCAUUCCACUUCAUCAGUAAUAGAGCUGUGACGAUAUAUCGUAGUAUCGAUAAUCGUGAUACUUUAUCUGACGAUUAAAAUAUCGAUA